AAUCGUAAAAAAUCCAAAAUUAUAUCUAAAUGUCUUAUUUUUUUAAAAUUCUACGAGCAAGCAAACCACCCCAUUGAGUGACUGCCAAUUAUCAUUCCAAGUUGGAAAUCCUAACAUACAUUCGAAGUCAUUUACAGACAACCACAAUUAACAUGACUUUAGAGUAUUACCAUCCAAGUCAGAGUCAAGUCAAGCGGAUAAUAAUGACUUCGUGCACCAAAAGGCCGUCCAUUAGACUAUAUGUGUACUUUAUAUAGAUCGUAAAAUGGAAUUGGUUUCUUUGUCAAGUAUAAAAUGAAAGGGUUGUAUUGACUGGAAACAAUUUGCAUUUUUUUUUUCUUCCUUUAGUGUAUCUUUCAACUCUUUCAUCAGGUUCCUCCUCGAGCACCUUGUGUAACAACAAGUUUAGAUACGUUAGAAAGACCACAAAUUGCAAAAAGCUCGACCGCUACGAUUCAGCAGGCAACCUGAUGAUAUUAUAGGGUUAAAUGGUUCUAAUGUCAUUGAUAAACCAAUAAGUUAGAUCGUUAUUUAUAGGGGCUCUGGUUGAUAUCAACUUGAGUUGAAUUGUUCUCAUGUCCUUGCUUAGUACUAAUAAUACCUUUCUAGUGGUAGAAUCCUGUUCAAACACCGAUAAGAAAAUGUUCUACCCGUCGACGGUUCUAUUGAAGUGGUUCACCAUUUUUUUCUUCUUCUGUAAUACCAAAAAUUUAUUGUAACAAGUUAUUUGUGUCAUCUGGUCGAUCGUUUUUCCAAAAGAGCCGUAUGAGUUUAGGGUGGCUAUACGGUCCGAUCCAGUUAAAUUGGUCCAAAUUUAUCCGGUCCAGUCCGGUAUUUUUGAAAAUAUAAGGACCAAAGAUUGGAUUUGAUACAUUCCGGUUUUGAUCCGGUCAGGUCUUGACCCGAUCCGGUCCCAUUUCGGUCUUGAUUUUAUAUUGAGCUUGUGGGGAUUUGAGUGGCCUAAGGCCCGAAAGGGUGAGGAGUUGAUUAAGUUUUGUACUAAGUGCAAAGGUUUGUGACCGUUUAUGCAAAUUACCCUUAAGUUUUGGGUGUUGAGCUCUCUUAUCCGGUCUUUAUCCAGUUUUCGAUCCGGUCUCAAACGGGUUUGACCUCAAAUCUAAGCCCAAAGAUUGGAUUGUUUACUAUCCGGUCCCGAUCCGGUCUCGAUUCGAAUUAUACGAUCCGGUUUCGGGUAAAACCAAAAAACCCGAACCAAAUAGUCAGCCCUAACAUGAGUCAUCGAAUCAUGAUGAUAGAACUAUCCACCCGGCACCCGCAAAAGGUGAAGGAAUGAACAGAGAACAAUGUGAAACCGGAAGAGGCAUCCAACUUUUUGUUGAACACGUCUACAAAAACCAACGUACACUGCAAAAUGUAGUGUAAUGAACAAUUUCAAUAUUGGAGGCUUUCGAAAUUCUACAUGAUUUUCUUGAACAUUUUCCAUUUUUCCCCCUACCAAAUUUCAUUUUUUGUUGGUGGCAUUAUUCACUUUUUAUCCCCCACAAAAGGGUUGAUGAUGUCUUAUGUCUAUCCCACUCCCUCCACGCACUCAAUUUUCCAAAACCAACAACCCACCCAACCCAACCUUCUUCUUUCUAUAAAUAGCUCCUCUCCCUACUCUCCACCUCCUUCAUUCACACAACACCCUUUUUCAAUUCAAUCUACCCUUUCUCACCAUGGGAAACCUUCACCUCCUCAUCAUCGCCACCGUAGCCAUACUCGCAGCCACCGCAGCCCUCCCGGCAAACGCAGCCGUGGCCGACAUUGUCACCCCGGCUUUCUUCAACGGCAUCAAGAACCAAGCACCCAACAGCUGCGCCGGGAAGAACUUCUACACACGCGAGGCCUUUCUUCAGGCGGCAAACGCUUAUCCCAACUUCGGCAACCGAGGAUCUCUCCCCGGUUCCAAGCGCGAAAUCGCCGCCUUCUUCGCCCACGUCACCCACGAAACCGGAAGCAUGUGUUACGUGGAGGAGAUCAACCGCGCGACUUACUGCGACCCGAGCCAGUACCCGUGCGCUCCGGGGAAGAAGUACUACGGCCGCGGGCCCCUUCAGCUGACGUGGAACUACAACUACGCGGUGUGCGGUCGGGCCAACAACUUUAACGGCGUCGGGGACCCGGACGUCGUCGCCAGGGAUCCGGUGCUGGCGUGGAAGACGGCGUUGUGGUUCUGGAUGACAAAUGUCCGCCCCGUGCUGCCGCAAGGGUUCGGAGCCACCAUCCGGAAGAUUAACGGGAUUGAGUGUAACGGCGGAAACGCGCCCGCCGUCAGGGCUCGGGUCAGCUACUACAACUCCUACUGUCAGAAGUUUGGGAUCCAGCCAGAGGCUAACACCAGCUGUUAAGCGGCGGCGACCAGGGCCGACGGAGUCAAUAAAAUAAAUAAAUAGUAUCGAACAAUAUACUAUGGUGUAAUAUUUGUUCGAUUAUCGACUUCUAUGUAUACUUUCGACUUCCUGCUUUCUGGACUCGUAACAGUUGAAUCUGCUGCGAGUUUGCGAAGGAAGAGAGAAUUAAUAAAUAAAAUAAACGUUAAGAGGUUUCAUCUUUUGUCUUCUUUCUCCUAAAGAGCAAGCAGUUUCACAUAAUCCAAGCACCGCCAACUAAAGACUUGGUAGAAGAAAACAAGGAGUUUAUAUAAAAAAAAAUAAUUAUAUCAUGUGGUUUGAUGAUUUGUUUGACUUUUAGGGACAAGCUAAGUUAAACUACACCCACUCAUAUAUAUGUUCAUUGGGAGGCCUAAAAAUUUCUCUUAUGACAAUUUUGUAGAGAGAAAGAUAAACUUGACAUGUGAUGUCAAGCGAUUUGUUUCGGAAAACUUUCUUCUAUCUUUAUUUCUCCUAUUGAUAGCCCGCUAUAAAAAUCAGUGAGCAUUGGGGACAAAUAUAAUAAACAAAAAUUGUAAUUUGUCAAUGGGGAAACAUAAAAAAGCGACACUGGAGACGAGUUCAUAAAAUCAAUGCAGUCAAAUUGAAUUCUAUUUAGAAGCGAUUUGGUGAUUUAGAACAGUAAAAGCGUAGGCUUUUAAACUUUAAAAUGAAGAUUUAGACUACAAUUAUAAGCGAGAAAUAGGAUUCUAAGUAAAAGUGUUUUAGAAAUGUAAAGGCGUAAGCUUAUAAUUUGUAAAGCGCGAUUUUGACUACAUUGCAUAAAAUUGUUCCAAAGGGGAAGCGGGAUGGACGGAUUGCUUACUUGGGCGCCCAAAUCGUCUCCAAUUCCUUUGAUGAAUUUGUUUUAGCGGAUGCAACUUCUCAGUCGUUAAUUAUCUCAUUUUUAAUUUUCAAUGGAUGUUUAAAACAAUUGAAUAUCGUGUUUGCCCUUUUUGCAUUCUACCUCCCAUCUCUCUCUUGAUUAAUCUAAUGACUGACAUGGAUUCAAGAAACUUCUUCAGCCUUUCCCUUAAGAAUCAAAUGUGAACUCUCUUUUUGAGUUUUACCUCCCAUCUCCCUAGAUUAAUUAAUUAAUUAAUCCGCCAGUUAUGACAACACAGUCCAUAGAAAUAAACAACUACAAUGCUCUCUUUUGGAUGAUGAGUAACUACAACUUUUGUGCAAUAAUUGGCAUAAAACAAC